AUGUGAGCUGCAGGCCAGUCCUCUGCCCCGUGUCAGAGCGGAGGGUUCAGCAUCGACGUCUGCGUCCAACAGAGAAAACAGACGUGCAUUUGUUUUGGGUAAAUAUGAAGCAAGAAAGAGGAGAGUGAAGGUUUUUUUGAACAUACUCGUCCAAACUAAAGUGUUCAGGAGGAUGGAAGUUUGAGUGAUGGCUGCGCGCUGGUCAAGGUCGAGGAGGAUCUGAUAUUCUGGUGUCAAAUCAGCAGAGCUCCAUGUCUGAGUCAGACCUAAUGAAGAGUGGGGGACCCGGCAGCAGGGGCCCCGAAUGCUGCUCGCCUCCAACCCCCAGGGCGGAGCUGCUCAGCCCCUCCAAGGUCACAGAGAAGGUCACGCAGGUACUUUCUCUGGAGUCGGAUGUACUUCCUGAAUACAAACUCCAGGUGCCAGAGACAACAUGGUUGAUCUUGCUUCACUACAGCCCCUUCAAGGCGUUUUGGGACUGGAUCAUCCUCCUGCUGGUCCUCUACACGGCCGUCUUCACUCCUUACUCGGCCACCUUCCUCUUGGACGUGCACGGGGAUUUACGUCAAAGGAUCUGUGGCUACACGUGUAACCCUCUGAAUGUGGCUGACCUCAUGGUGGAUGUGCUGUUUAUUGUGGAUAUAGUCAUCAACCUUCGCACGACGUACGUGGACAAGAACGACGAGGUGGUGACACAGCCGACCCGGAUCGCCAAGCACUAUAUUAAAGGCUGGUUCCCCAUUGAUCUGUUUGCAGCGAUCCCCUUUGACCUCCUCAUAUUCAGAUCUGGCUCUGAGGAGAUGGCCACCUUAACAAGCCUGCUGAAAACUGCUCGGCUGCUACGAUUGGUCCGCGUGGCAAGAAAACUGGACCGAUACUCGGAAUACGGAGCUGCUGUCCUCUUCCUACUCAUGUGCACCUUUGUACUCAUCGCCCACUGGUUGGCCUGCAUUUGGUACGCCAUCGGCUUUGUGGAGAGGCCGUACACGGAGACCGGCUGGCUGGACAACCUGGCUGAACAACUGGGCAAGACGUACAACGACAGCGACUCCAGCUCUGGUCCGUCGGUCAAAGACAAAUACGUCACCGCUCUGUACUUCACACUGAGCAGCUUGACGAGCGUCGGGUUCGGCAACGUUUCUCCAAACACCAACUCGGAGAAGAUCUUCUCCAUCUGCGUCAUGGUGAUCGGAUCUCUAAUGUAUGCCAGCAUAUUUGGGAACGUGUCUGCCAUCAUCCAGCGGCUGUAUUCAGGUACAACCCGCUACCACACCCAGAUGCUGCGAGUCAAAGAGUUCAUCCGAUUCCACCAAAUCCCCGGUUGCCUGCGUCAGCGGCUGGAGGAGUACUUCCAGCACGCCUGGGCCUACACAAACGGCAUCGACAUGAACGCUGUGUUGAAGGGGUUUCCAGAGUCUCUGCAGGCCGACAUCUGUUUGCACCUGAACAGAUCCCUGCUGCAGAACUGUAAGGCUUUCCGCGGAGGCAGUCAAGCCUGUCUGCGCGCCUUGGCCAAGAGGUUCAAGACAGUCCACGCUCCUCCAGGCGAUACCCUGAUCCACUACGGAGACAUCCUGGACUCGGUCUUCUUCAUCUCGCGUGGUUCGAUCAAGAUCAUUAGGGAUGAUGUGGUGGUUGCCAUAUUAGAAAGGAAUGACAUCUUUGGCGAGGCUAUCCACCUGUAUGACGAUCCGGGGAAGUCCAACUCCGACGUGCACACCAUCACCUACUGUGACCUGCACCGCAUCCAGAGGGAAGACCUGCUGGAGGUGCUGGAUAUCUACCCCGGCUUUGCAGACAAGUUCUGGAGGAACCUGGAGAUGACCUUUGACCUGAGAGACGCUGAUCAAGUGGCACCAAUAAUAACAACUGAUGACUCUGGAGACGACUGUGGAUAUCACCACAAGCCAAGACACAAGCUCCACUCCCUGGACUGCAGAAUCAGACCAGAUGGAAUCGAUCAUGAGGAUUCUUACCCCCUUCAGUCCUUCCGUCAUCGUCACUCCCCCUCCCAGGGCCACUGGGACGACCGCUGCAGCUGUGGAUCCCCGUGCUCCCAGUCCAGCGAGGACCUGGAGACGUCUCUUGCUCACGGUGCCAAAGUAGAGCUUUAUCCUCCAGAAGAUGCCGCGCGGGACUACUCCCCCUCUGUGGUGCAGCUGCGGCCCCCGAGUGGCACAUCAGUGGGGAAGGAAGCAGUGGACAGAGGACCCCAAGCUUCAUCUUUGAAUGUGCCGGCGAUGUAUCGUUACUGGCCUGACCGACAGUCACAACAGUUUUCUGGCCGCACGUGGCGAUCGUCUUCUGUCCGGAACUCAUACCAUCCACCGCCUUUCACAGAAGAACGACCCAGUGAGCUGGAGUCUCGACUGGAACUUUUACAUUCACAGCUCAACAGACUGGAGACUCGCAUGACGACCGACAUCAACGUCAUCCUCCAGCUUCUCCAGAGGCAGAUGGCUCCCGUACCUCCAGCUUACAGCACUGUAACAUCCAGUACCCUCCCCUCCAACUCACCCAGCCUGUAUGGGACUGGGACACCAGUGGUGCACAGCAUGUAUCCCAUCUCUCCCAUACAGAUGGACACACAGAGGUCCCAGGAGUCUCUGUCCAGCGGUAUCCCCGUGACCGUGGCCUCGGACGACACCAUGUUCAUGACCGUCACCCCCGAAACUGAGACCCGUCCGGGGUUAACUGCGCAGCCGUCAGACAAAUCCUCCCUCGUGGAGAACCCCCGGCUGUGUGGGAGCCUCCGCUGCCCGUCGCUGCCGGGGAACCUGGACAUCAGCUCAGGACUGUCUGAGAUCCAGAAACAUCUGUCUGACCCGGUGCUGCCCGUCCUCUGAAUGCCUGCAGUAAAAGAGACAGUGUGACCGAGAGAAAGUAGUAAAACACAGCUGCUUACAGAUGUGAGGAAGAGUCCAAUAAUCUGCUAUCAAUACAGGACAGGAAGUAGUGUCCCGACGUCAGAUAGUGGAGGCCUGCAAGGAAUUCUGACUCACACAGGAUAACACUCAGUCAGUGAUGAGUACUACAGUUAUCACACUUCCCACAAGACAUCUGCUGAUUUACAGUUUGUGCAUGAGUCAGAUCAUCGUGGUUCCGUUUUGUGAAACCACUUCUGUUGUGGUUCAAUUCUCUGUAUUUUCUUCCUGUUGCUGAUCAGGUCCGAGCCUCUAUCACAGAUUAGAGCCUGAUAGACACUGAGUCCACAAAUCCAUCAGCAAUAUUGUUAUUUACGAAUAAAGGAAAAGUUUCCACCUUGAAAAA